UUUUGUAGGCGGGCCCAUCUUCGCUUGUGCCUGGAGAAGUUGAAGGGGCUAGUUCCGCUUGGGCCCGAAUCGAACCGGCACACUACAUUGAGUUUAUUGACAAAAGCCAAAUUACACAUAAAGAAACUUGAAGAUUGUGACAGAAAAGCCAUUCACCAAAUAGACCAGCUCCAGCGAGAGCAGCGGCACCUGAAGCGGCAGCUGGAGAAGCUGGGCAUCGAGAGGAUACGGAUGGACAGCAUCGGCUCCACCGUCUCCUCGGAGCGCUCGGACUCCGACCGGGAAGAAAUCGACGUGGACGUUGAAAGCACAGACUAUCUCACGGGCGACCUGGACUGGAGCAGCAGCAGCGUGAGCGACUCGGACGAGCGGGGCAGCAUGCAGAGCCUGGGCAGCGACGAGGGCUACUCCAGCUCCAGCAUGAAGAGAAUAAAGCUCCAGGACAAUCACAAGACGUGUCUGGGCCUCUGAGAGCGCGGGGUCGCCGCGGCUGCCUCCCGGAGGGCUGUGCCGGCCGAGCGGAUUAGGUAGUGUAUCGGACCCAGCCGCAGUCCCCUUGCACGUAAGCUUCCGUGUACCACCUGUACCAGAAUCAGCUCUGUAAACGUUUUCCGGGAAGUGCUUAGGAUUGUGGGUUUCUGACUGCAUCCACUAGCUUCUCUUUCUCUCCAUAAAAAUCCGUCUGCCAGACUGUACAUUCCAAUCAAUUUGAAGCACCCAAGAAUUCUUAGGCCGAAUAAGCAACUUUCACAGCUCAGCAAUCUCCCCCUCUUAUGUACUGUCCCCGGUAGUCUAGCAAACCUUUCUUAAAGUUUUCUGGCUGUGUUACUCACCUAGCAGAAAUGUCCGAAUGUUCUUGUGCUUAGCGAACGGAAGGAAACAAACUUUAAAAGUUGAGAUCCUGAUCUCAGAACUCCAAAGUAAGCUUUGAAAGCGGCAUUUAAGAGCACUUCACCGUGGACCUCACCCCCCGUGAGGAGUCAGGAAUACCUCCAGAAAACACCCUUCACACACACGCACACACACACACACACACCCCCUCCGUGCUAAUUCCCCCGACCCGCGUGUGGAUGGGAGCAGUAUUUCUCACUUGAAAGUGGACACCGUGCUAACAUGUCUUUGGGGUCGCACAGCUCAUGCAAGUUCCAGCAUGAACAAACAAGACGGUACAAUCUCUCUGUGUGCGAUGUUCUUGGGGCCGCGCUGUGUGCUGCUCUCCCAAGGCACGUUUUUCCCUCAAAGUUUGUUAUGCUACUUGUCUCUGGAACAUUUUUUUUUCCUACCUCAGAGAUAAACGAGAUCUCCAUUUCCCACUUAACACAAAGUGAUUAUGCCUUUUUUUCACCCCCAAAUAAGUGACAUUUGGUCCAAUUCUAAUCUAUUUUCCUACUUAACUUUCAGCAAUAACUGAGCUUUGGCGCUAGCUGAGCUAGUGUCCAUCAUCAGUGAAAGGAAAAGUCCGCAUUUCUACUCUCUGUUGCAGGUGAACAGGAGGGGAUGGUACAGUGUUAUCAGAAUUCCUCUCCUUAUUUUUGGAUAUACCCAGAAACUUCUUUAUGGAGGCUUCUGGGUUUCUAGUUUAAAAGGCUGAUCUCUCUUUUUGGUUAUGAUUUCUCCCUUAAGUGGUCUCCCACUUUGUAGCAUUUUUAUUUAAGCUAAAACAGAGCACAUGUAUAUGUACAUAAGACACAUUAAAUCUAUAAAUACUAUUUAUUCAUUUUAUAUAAACUAAUGUAAUGGAAAAAUUCUUAUGACUUUGUGCUUUUAUAGAUGUUCUAGAAACUUUGUAUGUAGGUAUCUACAAAAUUGGUUCAUUCCCCUUAAUAUUUUUGCAUUCAUAUUUUUGAGGUCGAGGUUUUCAGCCUCUGGCAAAUCUUUUUCAUUGAAUUUGAACCAUUUGUAAAACCUGUGACGCUGAAACAGAGUGUGUGUCACAAAGUGACGAGAACAUUCCUAAAAUCCACAGACGCACUGCAACCUAAGGGCUCCACGGCUGAAGCAGCGGCAGGUGGGCGGGCGGCUGCCCCGAGCCCCCGCCGCCCGCGUUCUCUGGCACCCCAGCCUCGCCACGCCUCCGGCGCCUCCACCUUCCACAAGACUCAAAGUUCAAACGCCCUCCACGCGGAAGCUCAUUCUAUACACGAAGAGCGGUCUAAACAAAGCAAGAUUACUUUUGUUCUUUCAUUUUAAUGAUUCUCUACUGUAUUAAAAUUUUUAAUUGGAAGUAGUCGAUUCCUAAAUGAUUCCAAAGUCAUCUGUACUUCUGUUUUUGUUUUGUUCUGGUUUUUUCCUGCAUUUCAGCUUUGGGUGGGUGGGGGGAGGGGCAGGUGACACAAAGGAUUUUUUUUUAUUAUUGGAAUCUUUUCCAAUGACCAGCUAAAGAUUUGCACUGAAAUACAACUUGUAUGCCUUUUGCAUUUUUAAAGCCUGCUUCCUGAAUUAAGCAGAGUGAUACUGUUCAACGAGCCAGCUCAGCCUGUAACAUGUUUGAAAAAAUAUAUCUGCACUUUGAGGUCCCUUUCAAAUGCCAUUCGCUAGACCUCUCAAGCGUUUUAAUUGCUACAUUCAAGCGCCUCACAAGUCCAAGAUGCUGGAUGCCGUAUGGCAUCGAAAACUCAAGACUUUGGGCAAAACUGUGGGCUUGCAUUGGGGGAGGGAAGGGAACAGAAUUUGUGUAUUUGUUCGAUUUAGAAAUAAGGCAUCUGAGAGAUGCCGUUAUUUUCUGUUUAAGUUAAACUGCAUUUUUUGUCUUUUGGUUGAAAUAUGAAAUGUACUGUCCCAAUAUAAAACAGUAAUUAUUUGACCUUUG